CGCCUCUCCAUUGGCGGAACAUGACGCCCGAACAGGAAAAAAAUAAAAAUAAAAUAAACCUUCCAUGAGCAUCUUCCCGAGCUGGCAAUGGCAAAUACAAAAUAAAGGUGUGUUUGGUGAUGAUGAAAUGAAGACGUCCGUGUCAGUGAUGGAGGGAGAUUCUCUGACUUUACACACUGCUGUUACUGGAUUACAGAAUGACAAAUCCAAUUUUAUUAAAUGGUAUUUUAAUGACAUUCGUGUUGCUCAAAUCUAUGGAGAUCUCAGUGUGUUCUGUACAGAUGUGAAGUGUCCAGGUGAUUAUAAUGAGAGAUUCAGAGACAGACUAAAGUUGAACAAUCAGACUGGAUCUCUCACCAUCAUGAACAUCAGUAUUACAGACUCUGGAGAUUAUCUACUACGGACCAUCAUCAACAACAUCAAUGAUAGAAAGACAUUCACUGUUACUGUCCAACCUGGAGUGUCUGCUGCUGAAAUGAAGAUAAAGUCGGCGAUUGAAGGAGAUUCUGUCACUCUACACACUGAUGAUACUGUAAAACAGGGAGAUGUUGUGAUGACGUGGUAUUUCAAUGACACUCGUAUAGCUGAAAUGAAUGAAGAUCCCAGUAAGAGCUGUACAGAUGUGACGUGUGAUGAAGGUGCUGAGAGAUUCAGAGACAGACUGAAGAUUGACCAUCAGACUGGAGAUCUCACUAUCACAAACACCAGAACUACAGACUCUGGACUUUAUCAACUAGAGAUCAGCAGCAGUAUCAGCAGCAGCUUCAGCGUAAAGAGCUUCAGUGUUAAUGUCAGCGUAUCAGACAUAAAAACUCCAGAUUCAGGUCCGUCUUCUGCUGCUGUAGCAGGAAUAUAUGUUGCUCUGGUUGUUGUGUAUGUUGGUGUAGCUGCUACUGAUUUACUAUCACUGUAAGAUCUCAAGAUUAAGAGGACAAAAUGAUAUCGAGAUGAAGCACAAUGUUCAGGAGGAGGAAAGAGAGAACGAGACUCAUGUGAUGAAUGAUGAAGGACAGGAAGAGAGAGAGGAAGAGAGAGAGGAAGAGAGAGAAGAAGAGAGAGAGGAAGAGAGAGAGGAAGAAACUGAAU